GUCAGAAAGGUCACUACGUGUUCUCGGGCUGUGUGGCGCCGCCCGCCGACGACGUCCUGGCCUCGCCCUGGGAGCUCCAGGGCCAGGUCGCCGAGAUCUAUCUGACCACUCGGCCGACACGAGGCCUGGUGGACCCAGGCGCGGGCAGCGACCUCGUAGGGCUGGCUGCCUUCAACCGAGAGGCGCUGGCGCUCGGCGACCUCGGGGUGACGUUCGUGGUGGUGCCACCCGGGGGGGGGUCGCCGAUCCGACCUGCCCACGGGGUUGGCGGCCAGGCCAAGAUCGUGGGCUCGAUCCUGUUUCCACUGGCGUUGGGAGGUGUUCCUUGGGUUUUGGAGACCGCGUUGCUCCUGAAGGACGUGCCGCGCAUCAUCAGUGUGAACUCUCUGGACAUCCUGGGGCGCGUCAUCGAUCUGCCGAAGAACCUCGUGAAGGUCGCCAGGCUCGACGCCGAGGUGCCGCUCCACAAGCUGUCGUCCGGGCGCAGGGUGGCAGACGUCGUGCGCCCGCUGCCCCAGCCCGUGCGAGUGCCGCCGCAGGCGCUCCAGAAGUUUCCCCGUCUGCGGCCAUAUUCUUUCUGCCUUGCCGAGGGCGGUCGAGAGUCCUGGCCCGAGCCCAUGGAGGUGGAGGCGCCGGUGCUGUCGCCGGGGGGCGGCCCGCAGGCCGCGGCGGCAGCAGCGACGGGCCAGGGGCAGCAGGCCGCGCCAGCAGCCGGGCAGGGGCCGCCGGCAGCCCCACUCGCGGGAGAUCGCGUCAGCGGCCUACGCCCUCCGUACAAUCCACCUCCGGGGCCGCGGGCGACGGGCAGCCGCGGUCGCCAGCCCGGCGCGGCCGACGCCGCGGAGGCGAUCGUGGCAGACCGUCAGCGCCAGGUGGGGAUGGCAGCGCUACUUGUCAAGCCGCCACCGCCGACUCUCAAGGCAGCGCAGACGGCAGGGCCAGCAGGGGCGCCGCCCGAGGCGAUCGUGGCGUACCUGCCGGACGGGGCCCCAGUCGUCAGCCAAGCCUACAUGGGCGCGCUGGCACGCGGAGCGCCGCGACGCGGCCUCGUGCCGGCGUGUCCUGGACCUUCGAAGCCUCGGCCGGAGGUUCCGCUGCCGGGACAGGCGGCUGCCGAGACCCUUCCGUGCAUCGCGUGGAUUCCCAAGGCCCCCGCCGGGGCCAACCAGAACGGCAGGGCCGCUGGGGGCGACGGGCAGUUCGGCUGCGGCGGCUCGGCUCGCCGGGCAGCAGACUCAACCGAGCGGGCAGUGGAGUUGCUGGAGGCACAGGGAGUCGUUCCAGGAGCAGCCACCUUGAACGCGGUCAACCACGCCGAGCAGUUGCUGCAGACCGUGUCCGCUCAGCUCCAGGAGUUGCCUCACGGACUGGAAAGCCUCGGACGCAUGUGGGGCGCGCUCAACCGCAUGUACGAGCAGGUGCCCAUUCUCCAAGCGCAGCCGAACUCGUCGUCCGAGGCUUGCCAGCAGGUGCUCCAGGGGGCGACCCAGACUCGGCGCAUGUUGGAAGGGGCGCUCGAGCCGCUGGGUGACUCGAUCGACCGGGUUGGAGGGGGCGUCGCGAAUCUGGCGGCUCAGGUCACCAACCUCGAAGUUCGAAGGCCAGGUGAACCAGAUCGGGCAGAUGGUCAUGCAGAUCUCCAUGCAGGUGGCCGGGCUGUGCCGGGCGGUGGGACAGACGGGUGCAGGCUCGUCGGCGGCAGGAACGGCGCCCCCGGCAUCGCCGUCGCAGACGGCCGCUCCAACCAUACCUGGUUGGGAGGUGCUCAGCAGGAUCCCG